AUGGGACUUAGCACUAAUCAUUGUGAUGCUAAGCGUUAUACAGAGGCUGAUAGAGAAGGCAACUGGCAGAGAGUGUUUGGUAAAGUUGUUAAAUUGUUACUUGAGGCUGAGACCAGUUACCUUAUCAGAGAAGCUGCUGUCUCUGUCUAG